AUGGCCCAGCGAAUCGUUGCAGCAAUCAAUCAGCUAUGGGAGGGCAUCAAACAGUAUAGGGACCCCAGCCAGAGUUAUUUGACUGAACAUAACAAUCGGGGAUCAGUGCUUGACCAAAAAGCAAUCUCUGAAUGGCAGUACUGGUGCUCAAUUGAGAAGGGAGAGCUCGAAGUUUCCCACAUUAUUACACAAGGUUGUAGACGAAAGUGGACGGUGGAAUUCAGACCGGACAGAGCCUCAAGCCAAAGAACUGUCAAGUAUUACGGUUCCCAGCCAGCCGUACCGUCCACAGUGCCUUGUUGUUUGUUACUUGACGGAAACUGGAACCGAUUCGAACAGGAAUGGGAAGCUUCUGAAGGAAUUCCAAAUUAG